AUGACAACUCAAGUUAUUAAAUAUGUGGGUCGAACAACAAACUUCAAAGGCAAGACUUUAUGGGAGAUAGUAGGAAGUCUUAAAAAUUAUGGUGUAGGAAGGAUUAUAGUGAGAUCUGUAUUUAAUCGCUAUCCGGAACCCAGUUUUAUGAAAAUUGUAAAAGUUGAAACAUGUCCGGAUGAAGAAAGAAGGCGUGUAAGGGUUUGGGUUGAGAAGACUUUCAGAGGUAGAAAAUCACCCCAGUUAACAGAAAUCUAUAGAACCUCUUACAAGCCAGAUUACAAUCUGAUUCCUAAAGACGAAGAAUACAAAUUUUUAGAAGCUGUUAAGAGUAAUGAAUCAGAAGUAAUUCUUCCAAAUACCAUUGAAAUGCCACCUUUGAUGAAGAGAUUUAUUGUGAAAGAUCAUGAAAAGAAGGGAUUAGAGACUAUAAAGGAGUAUGUAUUACCCUUAUCAUACAACCAUAGCCCAAAUAGAGUAGCAAGAAUAGCCAAGGGUGAUGAAAAACCUACUGUUAAAUUUACUAUGGGUUUGGGCAAGCCAGCGAGUCCAUCAUUAUAUGAAGGUAUACCCUUACAAUAA